GAUGGCGUACGUGCUGGGCUAACCCAGUUAGCAGUAGCUUCCUGCUGCCAGACCGCGCCGGUCCGCGUUGUUCUCCAUCUCGUAACAUGUUCAGAGCCGCCGUCCGUCUCUCGGUGUCCGGUGUCCGGAGUUUAACUCGGACACAACCAGGGUGCCAAGCUCUUCUGGCCUCAAGGUGUUACUCACAUGGGAAGCAGGAGACUGAUGAGGAGUUUGAUGCCCGCUGGGUCACUUAUUUCAACAAGCCAGACAUUGACGCAUGGGAACUGAGAAAAGGGAUGAACACGUUGAUUGGGUACGAUUUGGUACCCGAGCCAAAGAUUCUCGAGGCUGCACUGAAAGCCUGUCGUAGGUUAAACGACUUGGCCAGCGCUAUCCGAAUUUUGGAAGCCGUGAGGGACAAAGCUGGACCCCAUAAAGAUAUCUACCCGUACGUGAUCCAGGAGCUGAGGCCUACAUUAAAUGAGCUUGGCAUCUCUACACCUGAAGAGCUUGGCAUUGACAAAGUUUAGCAGAGCAGGUGCUAAAAUUGUCCGUCAUGUUUAUUCUCUUCCACGUGCGUUAUAAAGUGGCUGUUUAACAGCUGUAUGCUUGUUUGUUUCAGAUCUGAGAACAUACCAGGACUCAGAAUGCUUUUACUUUGAUGCUUGCCUCAUAAAAUGUGUGAUAUUUAAUUUGGCCUUUAUUAAGUUCUUUUGCUUGUAAAAUAUUGUUGAACAUAAUAAAGGAAACUGUAUCUUUGAGUGUCAUAAGUAUAUGAAAUAUUUUUCAAUAGUUUGAGUAGUUGUUGGAGUAAUAUUUCAAUACUGAUUGCUUUAGUAGAGAACAAAGUGUCACUAAAUGAUACAUGUUGUCCAAAUGUGUGUCUUCUAGGAGUCACAUUUUACCACCAGGGAGCAGCAUUUCCAUAUGAAUGUGAAAUCAUUCUACUGUACUCCAUCUGCAUCUGUUUUUUGUUUUUUAAUUUCAGGGAGAAUUUAUGUGCGGGUAAAAUAAACUUGUUCACAUGACAAA